UGGCAUUUGAGCUACCAACUGCCUCUCUCUUCUUCUCUUCCUUUUUAUCACAUUUCUCUCUCUCUCCCUAAAACCACAACAAUGGCCAUUAUGGAAUGGUUUCUUCCUCUCUGUAUUUUGUUCAUCUCAGCUUCUGCUAACAUUCAUAUUAAAGUUACUACAGACAACCCUGCAGACCAGCUAGUAGCUGCACUGAACACUAACAGAACUGCAAAGAAGUUAUCAUCUCUGUACAGCAAUCCUGGUCUGGCAUGCAUAGCUCUGCAAUACAUAAAAGCGUACGAAGGCGACUGUGGCGAAGUCGGGGGAUCAGAUGCGAAGAAGCCUCGCGAUUCGGCCUUCGCUGAAACUUUUGCACCAAACUGUGGGGUUGAUGCCAAGAGCCUUGCUGAGAUAACAGGCAGAUUCUUGGCAUGCCAAUCUAAGUAUAUUAAACCAUCCAAGGCAUUCUCGGAGGUUCUGAUUAGGGGCCAGAAGAGCUUGGACAUUCUGUACAGCAAGAACCACAGUGAGGUUGGUGCAGCUGUGAGUGGCUCUGAUGCUGGUGGCCCUUAUUUCUGGUGUGUGCUGUUUAGUAAUGGUAAGUCUAAUAGCAGCUUUGCCUUGCGGGGAGGCGUGGCUAAGGUGAUGAAGCCCGGGUGUUUCAGUGGCGCUAACGAUGAAUGCAGUGGCGGGAAUGCCUUGUCUCGGAGGCUGCAGCAUUUGUGGUCACUUGCAGCUGUGGUUGCUGUUGUUUUUGCUUGUGGCUCUAUUCAAUUCAAUGGGCUGUCUUUGUUGUUUUGAGAAGUGUGUUUAUUUGGUGUUGCAUUCAUAUAUGUGGAGUGUGUAAAGCAUAGGUACAAAUACCCAUAUAAUAUUUACAGAUUUUGUGUUCA